AUGACCCCAUCUCAGCCAUCUAACUUUAGUUUGCAUGAAUUAAGAAUUAUCCAUUACUCUGUCUUUCUUUCUCUCAUAGGCACUGGAAGAUUCUCUAAAGUGUACACAGCUGUCAACAACAACACAGGCGAGUUGAUGGCCAUGAAGGUGUUGCCGCUACAGCCAAACGACCACAGAUCCAUACGCAAAGUGGCUGACGAGCUACGCAUUUUCGAAGGCAUCAGCCAUCCACAUCUCGUGCAGAUCUAUGGCGUGGAGAUUCAUAAUGAUGAAAUGCUUAUGUUCAUGGAAUACUGUGAUGAAGGAACUUUGGAGAGCUUGGCCACCAGUACAGAAACAGGUCUUCCAGAGGAGAUAGUUCGUAAAUACACCAGACAAUUGCUGGAGGCUGUACACUGCCUACAUGAUCAUGGCAUUGUUCAUAGGGACAUUAAAGGUGCCAAUAUAUUUUUAACAGAAGAAGGAAAUGUGCUGAAACUAGGAGAUUUUGGAUGUGCUGUGAGACUUCGAGGCCACCAGACAGAAGUUGGAGAGCUAGGUGGCAUAGUUGGCACCCAUGCUUACAUGGCACCUGAGAUUUUCCAGUCAAGUGAGGGCCAUGGCAGAGCAGCGGAUGUGUGGUCUGUGGCUUGCGUUGUGAUUGAAAUGCUAACAGGAAAGAGACCUUGGCCUGAGUAUGACAGCAGUGUGCAAAUUAUGUUCCGUGUUGGGAUGGGACAGUCCCCAUCCGUCCCAAGCAGUCUGUCAGAAGAAGGACAUGAUUUUCUUGCUGCUUGCUUUGUCCAUGACCGUAAGAACAGAGCUACUGUCGCCCAGCUCCUUGACCAUACAUUUGUAAAGGUUGAUACAGGAGAAGACUGUACUUCAUUACCACUCUUCUCCCACCCACCUUUCGUGCCUUACAUGAAGCUCCUGUCAAACAGCUGAUUCGUCUGAGUCUGCAGGGAAUAAUAUAUACUUAAAGGUGGCCAUGCACUUUAGAAGCUUUUGUUGGUGUCGUCAGGGAAGGAUACAAGAUUAAGAGAUACUAUGUAAAGCAGAAUGAUAUUUUACAUGGUGAAAAAUGUAUAUAAUUCAUUGUAUAUAAUGUGCUCUAUGCACAGGGUUUUAUGGAAUAACAGUCAUUUCAGAUGCUUACUGGUUAGAUUGUUAUUAAUCUGUCGUAAAGUGAAUCCAGAUAUUUAUUUAAAGUGCAUCCUUUAUUUAAAUGACUUCACUUUUAUUUUAAAAGGGAUUUCUCACAGGCGCAAACACUUUGACACACACAUGGAUACAGUCACACACAACCACAUUAUGCUAUUGUAGGUUAAAGACUUAGUAAAAUAAUCAUGAAGGAUUUUAGCCACCCAGUGUUACAUGGUAUUACGUUCCCAAGUACAAUUUAAGUAAGCCAUAGAAAAAUAGUGUAUAAUCUUUCUGAACUUCCUAGUUAGAUAAAAGAAAAGAAAAAUGAAAGGAUAAUAUAUAAAAAAAAAAAUAUUUAAAAUCAAAAACUUUUUAAAAUCAUAAACUUUUACCAAUAUUGGUAAGAGGAAGUGUGACAUAAAAGCUAUUUUAGGUCAAGUGUCAAAACCUUUUUAGUACAAGGGAAAAUAAGAGAGCCAUGAAUAACUAAAAACAGACACCUCUCUCUCUCUCUCUCUCUCCUUCUCUCCUCUCUCUCUCUC